AUGUCAUCGCCAUUUUGGUACAUGAAUAGAAUUGGUUUGGCGCGCUGUAAUUUCUCUGUGAAGUCAGUUAUUAGAUUUACAGCCCCAGUGAUAUUCGUGUUGCUGGAGCUCACAGAAACAUUUCGAAAGCCUUUUAUUAAAUUCAUGGUUGAUCGGGUUUCCGCCACAACUCAAGGUCGUCGAAAGCUAUUCGGCUUCUACAAAUGCAGUUUAUUUCCAGCUCGACCGAUAGGGGGACAUAGCUUGAACCCUAGGGACCAUCGAAACAUCAACUCCAUCCCGCAUCACUUGAACUCAUGCACGCGAUCAUUUUUUAGUUCCGAGGCAUCCGGUAAAACAAAAACCCCAGAUACCAAGGGGAUUAUAUACCCUCCUCCCCAUACGACAACCACAGCUAUAACCGCAGCCAAAUGUCCUCUCAAGCCCAUGAUUCCUUACUUCUUGGUUUGUAUUCCACUCAAACGCCAGAAGCGCAGGGGUAUUGAGGUCCGGGUUUAUUGCCCCAUUGAGAUCGAUGCUCGCGGUAUAAAGAAACCGGACACCACAACCACGUCCUCUUUGUUCACAGGAUUUCUUCCGGCUCCAACUCAUAGCACGGCAUAUUAUUUCUGCUCGCCACUUACAACCAAGGUUGUGAAGCCCACACAGGCCACUUCUUUUUCCGAUUCAUUUAGUACACCCAGCCGUAUAGUACUGCCGUUUACGGUAAGGGCUCAGAGGGGCCUUAGGGUAGCUAGAAGUAGUGCAGAUUAUGCAAAUCUGGUGUGUUUUUCUCGUAGCGCAUUGCCGCCUCCUAGUACAGUACAAUUUAUCAAUUCCUCCGUUACGGAGUACUGCUUGUUACCCCCCUCAUCUACUCAGUACAGUACACCAUACAACCUCAAAACUUCUCCGUUCGAAUGGGUUUUAUCAGGUGCAAGAACCAGCAGAGUCAUAAACCAGUGGGCCCGUCAUGGGUACUUCAUUCCGCAACAGCGGACAGACAUGCAUUUUUUCUGCUUCGUUUUUGUUGGCUAUUUGAGUUUGCGUCUUGGAGCCCAGGCGGGUGGGGAUGCCGGUUUAUUUAGUAUGGAAGGGAAUAUGGACGUAGAUUGA